AUGAAUUACUCUUCUCAGCGAUCUCAGUUCCCCUUUGGUCAAUCUCUUCCUUCAUCAUUGGCCGAAGGGAUUUUUCAGGGUUCAAUGCCCCCUGUCGACUAUUCUUCGUUAAUUACCUCCUCUCAUCUUUCUGAUGAUGCCUUUUUUCCUUUUCCUCCGCAGAAUCAUUCACCUUCUUCAGAAAAUGACGAGUCCAACGACCUUCAUUUUGAUCCUGAGCUAAUGCUCAACCUUUUAUCGGAUCCUUCAUCGUCCCUUAAUACAUCAAAAAAAUAUAUACCUCAAAAGUCUGCUUCGGCAAACGUUCCUCAACCUAAACCAGCUUCUCUUCCUGCUUGGAGUUCUUAUCCCAGUCCACCAGUCAACUCUAAUCAGUCUACCUCUACUGCUAAGCCUCGUAAAAAUACUUCUUUCUAUAAUUCUCCAUUGUGGAGUGGAAACUUAGCUGCUGGUUCCCAUAUCGAUAACGAUGUCUUUUCCGUUCAAAACAGUUUAUUAUCCGAGCCCACACCCCCAUUCACCUUUGCUCCUACGCCGAGCUCUGCUUUUUUAGAAACACCAUUACAUGGAUCCUCGGACCUUGAUUUUAGUUUGGGUGAUAACCAGAUGCCUCUUUUCCCUGCCUCCGAUGGUGACUGUCAGCGCGCUUUUAGUUCUAUAUCUUACCUCAACAGCAAUGAUUAUAAGCUGGCAAAUAAUAAAAGACCUGCAUAUGAUUCUCCUUGUGAUAUGCCUGACUCAAGUUUGCGAACAGAAGAAAGCAAUAGUGUUUCUGAUUAUUCAGCGGCGGUGUCUUCCAUGGAGCCCUUCUUUUCUUAUGAAGCAUUCGGCGAAGCUUCCAAAAAUAACUUGUCGGCGACACCUAAUUCUUUUACCCACGACAGUUGUGGUGAAAGUCCGUCCUUGACUUCUCCAAGGAAGUCUGCUUUGACCACUGGUCUUGUGUGCUCGGCUCCGUCUAGGACACCUGUACCAGCUACUAAGCUUGCUCGAGUGGUAAAGCCUAAAAGAGCUCGCGAACAUAUAUGCUUCAAUUGUGGUGCUACACAAACACCUUUGUGGCGCAGAACCGCCGAUAAGCACCAUUAUUUAUGUAAUGCAUGUGGUCUGUAUACCAAGCAAUAUGGAGUGAUGAGACCAUUGGCUCCGAAAAACAAAAGCAAUCAAAAAGGUCCUGAGAAUCUUACGUGCGCUAAUUGCAGUGCUACAAAGACUUCCUUGUGGCGUAAAGACCGCGUGGGACAGACUGUUUGUAAUGCAUGCGGAUUGUAUGCUCGUCUCCAUGGCCACAAUCGACCCUUGGGCUUGAAAAAGAACAAGCUAAUACGUCGACGUCGUGGAAGAUUAUGUGAUGAAAGUCCCACUUCGGAUUCUGUGAAGUCGGAUGAAUCUCCUGAGCUUUCUCAAUCUAUCUCAUCCUCCGAAUUACAUGACUCCAAGUUCUUGAACGAGCCUAUGUCAUUGUUCCCAGAAAAUAUGAUGGAAAGCAUGUUGCUGCCUGUAAAAGCAGAACCAGAAGCAUCGUUUUCUGCUUCCUUAUAA